AUGCCGACUCCUAGCACUGUCGAGACACCAGAAUCGAUCAACUGCAUUGGAUUCAGUCAAGAUUAUAGACUCUUAUCGAUUGGUCACAAAAACAGCUACAUGUUCUACAAAACAGCUGACAUCCUCGAAAGUUCCACGCUUCCUAAUGGAAUCCUCAGUACUAAUUCCUUGGGUUUUAAUAACUGCACGAUUGUUGAACGGCUCUUUUCAUCAUCUUUGGUGGUUGUGGCCUCCGAGAACGAGUUCCGUGUUUUACACCUCACCAGCAACAACGUCAUCAAGAGUCAUCGAUUCAACAAGUCGAUUCUAACUGUUAGAAUUAACAGACAGAGAAUCAUAACGUGCUUCGAGGAUUGCAUCCAAAUAUACAAUCUCAGUGACAUGAAAUUGAUUUAUACUAUCAUGGGGACACCUAUGAACAAACUUGGAAUUAUGGAUCUUACCAGUAAUACUGGAAAUUGUUUCAUUGCUUAUCCAGGAGGCGCGGAUACUGGAGCUGUUCAUAUUUUUGAUGCAAUCAAUCUAAAGUCUGUGAACACGUUUGUCGCUCAUGAGGGAACUCUGGCUUGUCUGCAAUUCAAUCAAGAAGGGAAUAUGAUUGCCACUGCCAGCACAAAAGGAACUGUCAUUCGAGUUUACUCUGUUCCAGACGGGAAUCGUCUCUACGAAUUCCGUCGCGGAGUUUCGCGUUAUGUGACUAUUCAAUCUCUCUGCUUUUCAUUGGAUUCGAAGUUUCUCGCUGCAUCUUCAAAUGUUGAGACAAUUCACGUCUUCAAACUGGAAAAAGCGGAGGAAAAUAUGAAACCAGAAGUUACAAAUGAGAGUGGUGGAUGGUUUGACACAUUCAACAAAACUGUCACUGCCUACAUGCCAACUCAAUUCAUGCAAGUGACAGAGCUGAUCACAACAGAGCGUGAUUUUGCUACAGCUAGACUUCCAGUUGCCUGCAAAAUUAAUCGAGUCGCUCUUGUUGCACACAAAAAUCAGCAAUAUUUAAUGGCUGCUACUUCCGAUGGAUAUGUCUACGCUUAUCAAAUGAAUCCCGAAGGCGGCGAGCUGGAUCUUAUCAAGCAACAUUGUUUCAAACCGGAAACUGUGUCAGGCGGAAGCAGUUGCCAUGGAAUGGUUGGAAACAAGGGUUGA